ACGGAAGAAAUAAACCGUGGUACCAGCUCAAAGUCGUCUAACUACUGACUGACCCUGGGGAUAAAGAGAAGACCGUGUAAAAUAUGAGGGUUUUAUGCUGAAACAGAGAUGCUUACUGUCAUAUUUAGAAGAAGCACCUUUGCAGCCCAGAAGGUAUUUCACUGGGCAGGUGCUCCACAAAGAUGCUGGACAUCAGCCUUGACUAGAGCUUCUGAUGGUGGAUCCGGCUCCCUGCUGGCCUGCUGGGCCUUAUCAGCAAGGGCAUCUACAGAAAGGGACAAUGGACUUUUAAAACCUCCUGCUGUCCUUGGUUUCAUGAGGACUGAGCCCUUCCUUAGGACUCAAACCCAUGUUGCUCCAUUCCUAGUGAGGAACCAAUAUUUCCACUCGUCUGCUGUGAGGUUGAAGAAGCGACUGCAGCCUGAACCUCCUCCCAGAGAGCUGGAUCUGCUGCGCUAUGACAUGAAGGACUUGUGGAAGAGUCCCAAACCUGCUUUGUACCUGGGGUUUGCAGGGCUGAUCCCCUUUGUGGCCCCUGCUGUGCUCAUGGCUGUGACUGAGAGCUACUUCCCAGAACUGGCCUUUGCACAGUUAGCCUACGGUGCCUCCAUCGUUUCCUUCCUGGGUGGAGCACGCUGGGGAUUCGCUCUUCCUGAAAGCAGCCCAGCCAAACCAGACUGGAUAAACCUGGCCAACAGUGUGGUUCCCUCCCUGUUUGCCUGGGUGGCCAUGGUGAUGAGCGACAGCAUCGUUCCCACAGCCACCAUGGUUAUUAUGGGACUUGGAAUCUCGUUGCAUUAUGAUCUGUCUUUGCUGCCCACCUACCCCAGCUGGUUCAAAGCCCUGCGCUCCAUCCUGACCACUGUGGCAUUUUUUUCUCUAGUUGGUACACUCAUAAUAAAUGGAAUAUACCCAGAAAAGAAACUUUUUUCAGAUUAAUUAAUAUAAAAAAAAUUUAUUACUGUAAUACUGGACAAGAGAUUCCUGUAUUUACACCACAGUUUUGUUUUGAUGAUCCAACAUCAAUGUAAUUCUUUAUUAUUUAUCUGCCCCAUUAACUGUCUUAAUCAGAGAGAGACGUGUAAGGUUGAAUGCUUUUGUUAGGAGUUGUAUGUUUUUAUAUUAUGCCACAGCCUGACCUGUAAAAUCAACAGAGAAAAAAAAUAUUUCAUGUGCACCGUCUUUCACAAAUGGGGUGCAGUUACCUAAAGACAAAAUUACGUUUCCUCUUUUCUUGUCCAAAAGUUUUGUCUUCCACAUCCAGCCAUUAUAUUAAAGCCUCUAUGUGUAGAAAAUGUGAAUGUGAGUGUACAAUCUUUGAAAUUGUUCAGAGGAAAUAAGUAUUUGUCAGUGAUAAAAAACUGCCACUAGGAGUCGCCAAAGGUAAAGAAUUUCUAAUCUUAAAAUGGAAAAAAAAUCAUGUCCAAUGCUUAAGUCCAUGCUUAAUGAAUAUAAAAUAAAUGAGCUUG